AUGCCAUCAAGCAGAGACAAGUCAGCUGAGAGGACUAGGUCACCUUCUCCCUCCAAGCUAGUCGGUCUCGCUACAGCCUUACUAGGAAAUGCUGUUAGAGGCAAAGAUAAAGCUUCAACAUCCGUCUCGCCAACAAGCCCCUUCUUCCCGUCUUCCGCCUCCUCAAACACCACAUUCACCGACUAUAAUAAUGAUCCACGAAAGUCAUUGACCUCGGAACUGAGUCCCAUCUCCAGAUCGGCCUCUACAAACAUAUCUGCCACUUCUUCCGUAAACACUAUUGCCCAUACGUAUGGUGAACUAUCGCCUGGAAUACAGUCACCUGGAUUAUUUGAAGGUUCAGCACCUCCAAAUGCUGUUCCCUUUGUACUGAAUGUAGAUUCGGGCUCAUCGGGCUCGCUGCCAACCUCCGAUCAAUCUGGCAAUGCCUCACGCGCUGUAUCUUACGGCGCCUUAUCUAGUAGAAUGGGAACCUCUGCUGGUCAGCUACGGUCCUAUGGGGGCAGUGUGGGCAUGGGUAUGGGUAUGGGAAUGGAAAUGGAAAUGGGAACGAGUCAGUCCUCUGUAGUUCCUAUUGUAUCAGCUCCUACUCCUCCAACACAAUCUAUAGAACAGAUACAACAGCAGUCGCCAGUAUUAUCAUCUCAGACUCCUAAAGGUGCUGGCUUGAGAGUAAAUAUAGCGCCACGGCCAGCUACUCGACAACGCUCGUCUAGUGAUGCACCAUAUCAAACCGAGUCGCUGCCUCGUGGAUUUGGAUCUGCUCAACUUCUAGUGAAUCGCCCACCUACAAUACUUGAUGCAGAGUCGAAUACAAGCGUUACAGCCUCUGCAGCAGAAUUAUCCCCCUUCCCUUCAACAAACUCUAAUAUAAAACUCACAACGCCCGUACAACCAAAACAACGUAGUCGAUUCAUGACCUUUUCAGCAAAAUCAGGCACUGAUUUGACGUCUCAUUUGCCGACUCUAACUCCCACAAGUGCGGCAUCACCUGGUACCACGGAUAGUACGACACCGGUCUUAAAUCGACAGACGAGUAGACAUCCACAAUCACCGUCGUCUCGUGCAGCAUCGCAGAUAUCCUUAAUGUCUAUGCAUUCGAUGCUAUCUGUAUCGGGUAGCACGAAUAGAUUAGCACCACCGUCUAGGAGGCCGUCAAUUAGUGGUGAAGUCAAGGAAACCAAUAUCUUGGCCAAGGAGUUGGAUCCCACGACUGGUAAUAAGAUGAUCAACAAGUAUAUGGUUAUUAGAGAGUUGGGACGAGGUGUUUAUGGUAAAGUCAAGUAUUGUGUUGAUAUCGAGACCAAUGAAGAAGUGGCCAUCAAGAUUGUAGAAAAGCGGGGCAAGAAGAGAUUUCAAAACAGGCUGUCGCUAUCAGCUCGUUUAUCACAACAGAAUGCAGAGAACGGAGGUGGAACGCCAAUACCAACCAAUCCAUAUUUGGAAAAAAUUCAACGUGAGAUUGCAAUAAUGAAAAAGUGCGAUCAUCCUCAUGUUGUGAAAUUAUUGGAAGUCAUUGAUGACCCAGCGGCUGAAAAGAUCUAUCUUGUGUUGGAGUUUCUACCUGGAGGUGAAUUAAAAUGGACAGAUGGUCGAGAUCCACCUGGUCCCAUAAUAGCGAUUGAUGAAGUUCGCAGGAUAUUUAGGGAUGUCGUGUGUGGUGUUGAGUACCUACAUUAUCAAGGAAUUGUACAUCGUGAUAUUAAACCAGCCAAUCUCCUCCUGACUGAAGAUCAUCGGGUAAAAAUGUCUGACUUUGGUGUAUCCGCAUUUACCAAAGAACGUAAACGGAAACGAACUGAUACGGCAACUAAAGACGAAAACGAAAGCGAUGAUGCUGCUGGCAGUGAAGAGGAAGUAGAAUUGGCCAAAACAGCUGGCACACCUGCCUUCUUUGCUCCAGAAUUAUGUGGAGUUUCAGAUGAAGAUGAACGACUCUUUGCCGAAUUCAAAGCUGGACUAGGUGAAGAGCAACCUCAUGAUGGAGGGAUACAGGCGUUAAUGGGUGUAGCUGAAGAUGGCGAUUGGACUCCUGAAUUCUCAUCACCACUCCCUACACCACUUGCAACUCCAUCAAUCACUCCUGGAUUUAGUAGAAGUGCUAGUAUCUUGUCUGGAUUUGUGACUCCUGGAAGUGCUGCUACACCGGAGGUUAUGAGUAACACGACGAUGACACCAGGAGUAAUAGAUUCUGCAGAAGUAUCUCCGACAACAUCAGCAUCUCCCACCACCGUUUUACUUGCACCUGUAGCCAUGCCACCCGCACAGAUGUCGUUUAUAUCAGUAGCAUCUACAACUGACGUGUUUGGACGUCCUGUACCUUUAACUGAACGCACCGUCAUGCCUGAAGAAGAGCCAGAUUCAGCAUCAUCGCCUACGGGAGACUCGGCAGCUACCACACCUACCAUAAUGAUAAAACCAUCCAUGCCUGCAAGAAUACCACAAUCGGCGUGGUCAAAUAGUGCUGGUGGGUCAGAACCAGUGUCGCCGAGCACUGAAAUUAAAAUGGUGGAACGUCAUGCACCCAGAAUUGGAAAAGCCAUUGAUAUAUGGGCUUUGGGUGUUACAUUGUACUGCUUUGUGUUUGGACGGGUGCCGUUUAUUGCUGACACAGAGUUUGAGUUGUUUAAUGUUAUUGCUAAGCAGCCAUUGGAGUUUCCAGACUAUGCGCAAAUUGAUGGUCAACUACGAGACUUGUUUUUGAGGAUACUGGACAAGAAUCCUGAUUCGAGAAUUACGCUGGAAGAAAUCAAGCAACAUCCAUGGACAACUGCUGAUUUGACUCCAGACGAAAGAGCUAUAUGGUUGCGUGAAACUGAUGUCUCAUUGAACUAUGGUGCUCCAUUCGUAGUCACAGAUGAGGAAGUUCGUGGUGCCUUCACUAUAAUGGGCAAAAUCAGAGACAGGAUAAGGAAGCUAUCAAGUUCUUUCCAGAAUCUAACAUCCACACUACGUCGACGUACGAAAUCCAUGUCUCACGUCCUACCACCACCAGACGGUGUACCGCGUAAGAAAAAUGACGAAACCAACACCAACGGCACCAAUAGCAACAACACAAGCAUCGCAGCCAGCCCAACAACAACAGCAUCAACAAUACCACCAGUCCCACCACUUCCAGCCACCGUAAUAUCAAGCCACAGCUGGAUACAUCAUAGCCCCUUACACGCCAUGACGAGUUUCACAACCACCAGUACAUCCCAAUUAACCCCCAUACCAAACACAACAACAUCAACAGCAGAUCCACGAAUGAUGGUAUCAACAAACACACUCCCAACCAGUCCACAAAUAAACGCUCCCAUGCUAGUAGUAAACAGUGUAUCAGACGACAUACCUCCAUCAUCAGGGAUAUCGAAAUCACGUCCCACGUCACGUAAACCUAGUCUUGUAGCCGUCGACGACCCAAACACCCAACAAACACCACUGCAACAAGCACAUACCCUAUCAAGCAGCAUCCGUCUCCACAGUCCAGUGAAACGCCAUUCACCGCUUAUAUUCGCGGAUGUGCCUGACCCGGUUUCUAAUGAGUCUAGUGUGCAGGGGUCGUUGCGCAUGGAUUCGAGUAUGAGGGUCGAGUCGAGUGCUAGUGUUGCGUCGGCGCUUAGUGCGGCGUCUUCGGACGGUGAUGAGGGUGUUAAUGCGGAGAGAGAGAGGAUGGCUGCGUGGCAGCAGGAGCAGGGACUUGAUGGGGAUGAGGAGGAAGAUGGUGAUGAUGACCUCGAUGAAGUAAGGACCUCAUAG